CACACAACACAAAGACCAUCAAAAUGAGCCAAGCACAGCCCCAAAGACCCGCCGAGGAGUAUCAGGAUCCCAUCAAAUAUGGCGACGUUUUCGACGUCUCCGGCGACUUGGCUUCCAAACCCAUUGCCCCUCGUGAUGCUGCCACCAUGCAGGCCGCCGAGAAUAUGCUCCUCGGCCAGACUCCACGCGGCGGCCCCGCUGCUGUUAUGCAGUCCGCUGCCAACAUCAACGAACGCACUGGCCUUGUCGGUCACUCCGACGUGACCGAUGUCGCUCGAGACCAAGGCGUCACUGUCACUGAAACUGUCGUUGACGACCAACGAGUCAUCGUUGAGUCCAUUGGCGGUCAGGUGGUGGGACAAUACGUUCAACCUAACGUUCCAAUGAGAUCUCCCGGAGCAACGCUCGACAAGGACUCAAUAACUAUUGGGGAAGCCUUAGAAGCAAGUGCAAUGAGCGCAGGAGACAAACCCAUCGACCAAAGCGACGCAGCCGCAAUCCAAGCGGCCGAGGUAAGGGCCACAGGGAAGAACGAGAUAACACCCGGUGGCAUAGGGGCGGAGGCGCAGUCUGCCGCCUCGCUCAACACACGAGCCAUGCGGGACCAGGACAAGACAACACUGGGCGACAUUCUAACCGAUGCCACGCGUAAGCUGCCGGAAGACAAGGCAGUGACGAAGGAAGAUGCAGAGAGAGUGAUAAGCGCAGAGAUAAGGAACGACCCGACAAUGGCCACCACGCCCGGAGGAGUGGCGGCGUCGGUGGCGGCAGCGGCGAGGAUCAACCAACAACAGGGCUAGCUUCCGAAAUUGGCUCGUGUGUACUGUGUACUAUAUCCACAUAGUUUGUUUUUGCUUGUUCUACGCAUCUCAUGUCAUCAAGUUUUGAGUCUUUGUAUAAUCAGCUUGGAUUCUGGAGUUCGGUUAAAUAAAUAAAUUAGUUAAUUUAGAG